AAAAAUAUUACAAAAAUGAGUAAUCAUCCAAAUUACGAAAUACCAACCGAAUUAAAUAAUUUAUUAAUCGAUUUUACUGUUAGUGUUUUAGUUAAUCGACCAAAUGAUUUAUUAGAUUAUGCUGCAAAUUAUUUUAAUCAUCUUGUAGAUGAACGUCGUAAUAGUCAACAAAGUACAGCAACAACAAAUCAUUCAUUACAUAGUAGUAAUCAUUUAAAUGAUGAUGAUAAUGAUUCAACAUCAAGUGAAAUAAAACCACCAGCACGAUUAUCAUUCACUAGACGUAAAUCAGUAUUUGCCGAACAUUAUGAUCCAGAAGAAGAUGAAGGUGAUAAUGAACAGAUAUUCUAUCCAAAAAGUGAUGAACAAAGACAAUGUCUUAGUGAAGCAAUCAAAAAUAUUUUACUAUUUCGUUCACUUGAGCCUACCGAAAUGAACGAAGUUAUCGAUGCAAUGUUUGAACGAAAGGUCGAAGCAAAUGAAGUUGUAAUUAAACAAGGAGAUGAUGGAGAUAAUUUCUAUGUCAUUGCCGACGGUACAUUUUCAAUUACAGUUGCUAAUGAUGAUGGUAGCGAAAAAGAAGUUGGAAAAUAUGUUGGUUCCGGUAGUUUUGGUGAACUUGCAUUAAUGUAUAAUAUGCCAAGAGCGGCAACUGUACGUGCUGUUACUUCUGGUUCAUUAUGGGCAAUGAGCCGACAAACAUUUAGACGAAUUGUAUUAAAACGGGCUUUCAUGAAACGUAAAGAAUAUGAAUCAUUUAUUGAAAAAGUUGAAAUUUUUAAAUUUUUGGAGUAUUAUGAAAAAAUGUCAUUAAGUGAUGCAUUUAUGGCUAGAUGCUAUAAAAAUGGUGAUCUUAUUAUUAAACAGGGAGAUCAAGCCGAUGGUAUGUACUUUGUACAAGAAGGUGUAGUCCGAAUUGUUAAAGAAGAAAAUGGACAAGAACAAGAAUUAUCUAGAGUGGAAAAAGGUGGUUAUUUUGGUGAAUUGGCAUUGAUCACGAAAAAACCACGUGCAGCAACUGUUUAUGCUGCAACUGAUGAAGUUAAAUUGGCAUUUUUGGAUGUUGGUGCAUUCGAACGUUUACUUGGACCUUGUAUGAAUAUUAUGAAACGUAAUUUUAAUCAUUAUGAAGAUCAACUAGUCAAAUUAUUUGGUUCCAAAUCAAAUGUUACCGAUUUAAGAUGAACAUUUAUUUUAUUUUAUUGAAUUUUCAACUUUGAAAAAAUAUUUGAAUUUUGAUCAUCAUCCUGUCCAAUUUUGAUUAUUAU